AGCAAUCUGAAGGUAGUGUCUUACUAACCUACAUGAUUAUGAUACAAAUUUGCAGAAAUUAUUAUUAAUGUAAUUGUUCAUUUUCUCAUUUGCUUUAUACUUUUAGACGGGCCACACAAUGUUCAGAGUUGCCAAAGACAGAGGUCCAAUGAGCCAAAUAUGACAUUGAGACCAACUCAAACCACUCAUUCACCUUCUCAGACUUGUCCUCCUGGCACGAGUAAUCAAGGAUCAUUUGGCGGUGAACAAGCCAUAGCACACUCCACACCAAACUCCACAGCAAACCAACUGCGACUUGUUCUGCUGGGCAAAACAGGUGCAGGGAAAAGUGCCACAGGAAACACCAUUUUGGGAGAUGGAGAACGUUUUGAUGUUCAGUUGAGCAUGAGUUCAGUCACAAAAGUGUGCAAGCGAGAACGUGGAACACUGGAAGGACGAAACCUUAUGCUUGUAGACACACCUGGUUUUUUUGACACCGAUCUAACAGUGGAGGAAUUACAACAGGAAGUAGUACAUUGUUUGGCUUUGUGUUCACCUGGUCCUCAUGCAUUUCUGCUGGUUAUACCAAUAGAACGUUAUACCGAGGAGCACCAACGCACCGUGGACAUGAUUCUGGAGACGUUUACAGAGGAGGUCUCUCGCCACACCAUUAUUAUAUUCUCCCAUGCUGACAGACUUGGAGGAACCUCCAUUGAAGAUUUCAUAUCAACACAACAUAGCAGGAUCCAAGAUCUCGUGGAAAGAUUUGGGAGGCAUUUCGUGGCCUUUGACAACACAGACCCUGCAAACCGAGGUCAGGUCAUUCGACUUCUGAAGAAGGUGGAUGAGUUGUUGGUGCAGAAUGAGAACCGGCACUUCACCAAUCAGGCUACACAGGUUGUGCUGGAAGCCCAGAGGAUAAUAGAUGUGAGGAGAGAAGAUGCUAUGUCUAAAAGAAUUAAGAAAAUUGAAGUUAAGGUAAAGAAAUUGGCUGAUGCUCAUUGGCAUGCGUUCACUGCAGCAAUGAAAAAAGAGAGGAAAGAAACGGAAAGAAAAAAGAAUCGUGUAUUAGCCAGGAUUGAUCAGUUAGAGAUAAACAUAGAAAAGGAAGAACAGCAUGUGCGACCAAUUCAAGCAAGACUGAUGCGUUUCAGAGCUUCUCUGCAGAGGGAACGGGUGAUCUUGAGAAGACUUGAGGAAGUAGAGACUGAGGAGAAGAGAGAGAGAAAGAGAAUGAAGAAGAAAGAAAAGAUGGACCUGGAUAUAUGGAUACAAGAAGAACUGCAGAGGAGAAAGAGUGAAGUGAUGGAGAAGAAUGACAAUAAUUCAUAUUACAUCAAAAUGCUGACUAUGCUUGCCAUGUUUCUGUUGGGGUUCGGAGCCGGAUUUGCACCCACACUCUUGCCGUUUCUGUUCCCUGCUGCUCCAGCAGUGGAAUCCGGGCUGGUAGCAAAUCUUUUAGCCAGAUUGCUGAGCCCAGAAGUUGUGCAGGGGGUAAUUGAAUUCACCUUGAAAGCGACACCUGUAAAGUUUGCAAUGCUGACUCGCUGCACAAUUCAAUAAUCCAUCUUUGAUUGAAAGCGGAGUUCAGCUGUUGUCAAAGGUACUGGUAUUUCAGCUCCAAUUCGAUACCAGAAUAAAAAAGAUGUAACGAUACCAAUGUUUCUGCAGUACCAGUAGUACCGAGCACCGACUCUAUCUGGUUCCACCGGUAUGACUGACCCACGACAGCUUUAAAGUUGAAUGCAUGCUCUGGUACUCCUUUUAUACUGAAAUGGACAAAUAAUGAAAUUAAAAUCGUGACAUUUCCUUGUGUGAUAUUAUUAAACCGCUGAAGGCUGCGAUCUUAUUGCGGAUGAGCUUUGUCCUGAAUUAAUCCGACCGUUCAUACACUGGACACUCCACAAACAUUGAAAAUCAUUCACGUUGUAUCAGAUGACACAGCAGAGCACUAAUCUACAGUAAAGCGUGUAGUACAUGUAGACUGCAUAUUUCUAUAAUUCACAGCAUUUGUGCUUUAAUUCCAACUAAACUUUAUUUUUAUAGCAUUUAAAAUAGCAGAGUUGACCAAAGUGCUUCAAAGUAAUAUAAUAUUACUACAUACACAAACACCAGUUAUCUAAAAUACAAACACUUCAAAACCGUGUCCUACAUUUAAUUUCUCAGACUCGAAGGCCAGCGUAAAGAGAGCGAGAUUUCAGGCGUGACUUAAAUGUCUCUGUAUUGCAAACUUUUAUCCGGACAAGUGAAGCUGCCGGCAAUAAACACACUUCAUAAUAAAAGCAUGAUUUAUAAUAAAAGCUAGAUGCCUGAAAUUGUGACAGAAAUAUAUUACAACUGUGUAGUAAAAUGUAGUAUUCACACAUUUUAAUAAUAAUUAUUAAGCAAUAUAUCAUAAGCAAGACUGCUAUUAAAGAAAAGUUUUAAGAAUUAAUUUAUUAGAAACCAUUUUGAUGAUGAAAUUGAAUUAAACUUUAAAACAUUGAGUUCUGGAAAACAAUAAUAAUAAUUAAAAUAAUUGUAACAUUAUUAAAAAUGACUAAAUUGGUGUGUUCAAUAGCACAUUGUUAUAUUAGUAUAUUUUUACUGUGGUAUGAAAAUUAGUAUAGAGAAUGGUGAAAUUUCACUGGUAUCCGUGUCUAGCAGGGCCGGACAGGGACACAAUUUCAGGCCGGGAAAUACUACACCCAUCCAGGCCAUCCUAAGCACCCAAAUAAAAUUUAGAAACAUGGACAACCUUGCCCCCGCGACCCUGUACACAGGAUAAGCGGUUGACUUUGGAUGGAUGGAUGGAUGGACAACCUUGUCCCCCCCCCCCCCCAAUAUCAAAUGGGUCUGCACAUAACGUCCAGUGCACUGCAAUUACAACUGUAAUAAAUAAUGUUAUGAGAUUGAUGUUUUAAAUAAAUGUUUGAAUA